UAUAACUUAUUUGCACAAGCUUACGAAUCCAUAAAUGUGUUCCUUAUAUACAUCGAUUUCUAGCACUGUGUGCGUGUAGACCAAAUGUUUACCCAUAAACAUUCGCAUUUGCUCGCGAAGGAAUGGUGAAGACUUCAGUUCGUUAAAUCCGCCAACUGCAUGCGGUUCGAAGUUUAUAUUGCUAUUGCCCGAUAACGAUUCGAUGAUAAGAUAUGAAAAGUCCGUUCUAAGAAAAGAUACAAACAUUACACAAGCUGAGAAAUUGGUCAUUGAGAAUCAAAUCCAAGGCGUAAACAAUGAUCGUCGGACUAAGUUUAGUGUGCCUGAUUUUAAGUGGCAUUUCAAAAGUGUUUGCCGUUCAAAUAUGUUGCGGCCCAAAUUCGGUACUAUUUAAAUAUCUCGGAUCGGAUAAUUCGGAAAUAUUCGAGUGUGCUUCCGCCGAAAGAAACCUCAAAGAGUUUCCGGAUCUAACCCAAGUGAUAGGCAAAAUGAUAGCCCCAAAAGGCCUUGGAUUGGAGGCACCCAAUGAGUCAAGCAAUCAAUUCCAGCUAUCAAAGUGCAAAAACUUUACGAGCCUAAAUCUAAGUGAACUAAGUGAGAGUACCUUGUAUCUACGAAAUAACUCAUGCAUUGGGCUAUUAAACAAACGUCUCAUCGUUUUAUCUUGUGAAUUUGAAAAGAAUGUGCCGUCUCAAAGUGUUGGAUUUGUAAACAAGUGCUGCCCACAGGGAUUUAUUUACGUUUCCGAAAAUAAUACAUGCAUACUUGGCGCAAACGAUUUCUUUGUUUAUACUUCUAUCAUCAGCAGUCCAAUUAUAUUUUUUGAUAACGCCUUAAACUGUUCGGAGAACAAGGCUCUGGUGGAAUAUACGGUGUCCUCGGAAAAAGUGCGAUUCAAUAACAAUUCCUUGGUUUGGAGAGAUGGAUCUAAUAGUUUGCCAGUAUCUAAGUUUUGCAUCGAAGCCAUUUAUGACUCGUAUGCUUUGGAGCGAAGAAAAGUUUCGGAUCAAAAAUAUCUUGUUCGAGCAUGUCAGGAAUCCAAAAUUUGCCAAAAAAUUCCGUGCAUUAGACGAUGCUGUGCCGAAGGUGAAAUGUAUGCAAAGGGAAAUACCAGUACCUACUGCAAGAAUGAUGGAACCCAAAUGAAGUUCGAGGGUUUCCAGAACCUCAAUAUAAACGCAAAUUUCUCAAAACCAUCUGAUUUUGGAUUGGUUCAUGGCCUGCAAUGCCAAAAAUUUCGUUUGGAUCCGGAUAAUUUUCCAGAUGAUGCGCAUACAAUUAGUGCUUCCAAUGGAUCACUUAUUAUUCACAAUACUUCGAAAAUGUAUGCAAUUAAUCAGUAUUGUGUGGAAAGGGUCAGACCCAAUCAAAAGCUUUACACAUUUCUUUGUUUUGAUACAAAGGUAGUGGGCAAUGACCGCAUUCGCUUCAAAAUGUAUCCCAUUGGACUUCUCAUAUCUUGUUGCUUUUACGCACUCACUUUGAUUGUUUAUAUAUCAAUUGCCAAACUUCGAAAUCUUCCUGGAAAAAUUCUUAUUUGUCUUGUAAGCAGUUUAUUUUUGGCAUAUCUAGGAAUUGCCUUGGGCCAGUUGAAGCCCACCUCGAAUGACGACAUCUGUUUCUUCUCUGGAUUUUUCGUGUAUUUUUGCUUAAUGGCUGCUUUUUCUUGGAUGAAUAUUACUUCCUUUGACAUAUGGAAAACUUUCGGAUCAACAAAAAUCAAAAGCUGCGAAAAAAGUGACCUGAGAAGACAAUUUAUUUGGUAUUCUUGUUAUGGUUGGGGAUUACCAACUCUCCUAACGACAAUAACUAUAGCAUUUACAAAAUCCGAUAUCUUACCGGAUGUAGUUCGACCUAAUUUUGGACACGGUCGUUGCUGGUUUACAUAUGAUUCUUUUGGAUCAGCUAGCUUGUUAUUCUUUUCGGGACCAGUUGGAAUUCUUUUUAUAUUCAAUUUGGUCCUGUUUCUUCUUACAAUGAAGUAUUGCAACAAAGUGAAAAACGAAAUAUACAAGAUGCAGAGCUUAAACAGUGAUAAGCCAGUACUGAAAAGGCGAUUCUUUCAGGACAAAACCAGAUUUGUUAUGAACACAAAACUGUGCUUUGUUAUGGGCAUCACUUGGCUUUUGGAAUUAGUGAGCAUUGUGUUUUAUGAUCAUAAAACAACAUUUUUCUGGACCAUCAGUGAUUCGUUCAAUGUGCUUCUUGGAAUAUUUGUUUUUAUCAUCUUUGUUUUUAAACGGAGAAUUUAUAAUGAGAUUUUGGUAAAGUUUGGUUUGCAGUCAAGCCCCAGCACUACAUCGACUAGAAAUCGCCUUGGUUUAACCAAAUCAUAUGCCCCAACUAGCACAGCAAUGACAACGCUUCGAUCUUCUCCAGGCAGCUGUGAAGCGGUACGAAAAACCUCAUCGAAAUCCGAAAAUGAAGUUAUGCUUUAGACGGUUAAAUUAAUUAUUGACUAUUUAUAAUUUGUAGAGCCUUAUGAAACUAGUCCCUCAGUUUAAACAUUAAAAAUAAUGUCUAACUUAGCUGUGAACCGAAAUUUUAAGUUUAUAAGUAAUGUUUAUUUUUUUACACAUGUUAUACAUUACAACCAAAAA